GCAGCGGCUUCAGCCCCAACGCGAGCCACGGCCGGAGCCGAGAGCGGGGCCGGCGCCGGCGCUGGGCGUCCCUGCUGCAGAACCCAGCCCUGCUCUGCAGAGUAUGCUGCUUGGAGAUGACCAGCAAAAGGAAGCUGAUCGGGCGCCUGGUGCCGUGCCGGUGUUUCCGCGGCGAGGAGGAGAUCGUCUCCGUGCUGGACUAUUCCCACUGCGGCCUGCAGCAGGUGCCAAAGGAGGUCUUCAACUUCGAGAGGACCCUGGAGGAGCUCUACCUCGAUGCCAACCAGAUUGAGGAGCUUCCCAAGCAACUGUUCAACUGCCAGGCCCUGCGCAAGCUGAGCAUCCCCGACAACGACCUGUCCAGCCUCCCCACGUCCAUCGCCAGCCUGGUCAACCUCCGUGAGCUCGACAUCAGCAAGAAUGGAAUCCAAGAUUUCCCAGAAAACAUUAAGUGUUGUAAGUGUUUAACAAUAAUCGAAGCCAGCGUCAACCCCGUGUCCAAGCUGCCAGAUGGCUUCACACAACUUCUAAAUUUGACCCAGCUCUAUCUAAACGAUGCCUUUUUGGAGUUUCUUCCAGCUAACUUUGGAAGACUUGUCAAAUUGCGAAUUUUGGAGUUAAGAGAAAACCACUUGAAAACUCUACCAAAGUCAAUGCACAAGCUGACCCAGCUGGAGAGGCUCGAUCUGGGCAAUAAUGAGUUCUCUGAGCUGCCUGAGGUUCUUGAACAAAUCCAGAAUCUGAAGGAGUUGUGGAUGGACAAUAAUUCCUUGCAAGUGCUACCUGGGUCUAUAGGGAAGUUAAAACAGCUCGUGUACCUGGAUGUGUCCAAAAACAGGAUCGAGACGGUCGACCUGGACAUCUCGGGCUGUGAGGGGCUGGAGGAUCUCCUCCUCUCCUCCAACAUGCUGCAGCAGCUGCCAGAUUCCAUAGGAUUGUUGAAGAGACUGACAACCCUGAAAGUGGAUGACAACCAGCUCACCAUCCUGCCCAAUGCCAUUGGAAACCUGUCCCUGCUGGAGGAAUUUGACUGCAGCUGCAACGAGCUGGAGUCGCUGCCCUCCACCAUCGGGUACCUGCACAACCUGCGCACCCUGGCCGUGGACGAGAACUUCCUGCCGGAGCUGCCCAGAGAGAUUGGGAGCUGUAAGAACGUGACUGUGAUGUCCCUGCGCUCCAACAAACUGGAAUUUCUGCCUGAUGAGAUUGGCCAGAUGCAGAAGCUGAGGGUGUUAAAUCUGAGUGAUAACAGACUGAAGAAUUUGCCCUUCACUUUUACCAAACUCAAGGAACUGGCAGCCUUGUGGCUUUCUGACAACCAGUCCAAGGCGCUGAUCCCGCUGCAGACGGAGGCGCACCCCGAGACCAAGCAGCGCGUGCUCACCAACUACAUGUUCCCGCAGCAGCCCCGCAGCGACGAAGAUUUCCAGUCAGACAGUGACAGCUUUAACCCCACUCUCUGGGAGGAGCAGAGGCAGCAGAGAAUGACUGUGGCCUUUGAGUUCGAGGACAAGAAGGAAGAGGAGGAGAAUCCAGGGAAAGUCAAGGUGGAGAUAAACCUCAAGCGUUACCCCACGCCCUACCCCGAGGACCUGAAGAACAUGGUGAAGUCAGUGCAGAACCUGGUGAGCAAACCCAGCCUGGGCGUGCGGCCCGAGAGCGCGGCGCCCGCCGCCAGCGCCGACCCCACGGGCAAGGACAAGUACGAGCACAAGUGGCCCCUGACCCCCAAGGAGAUCUCCGUGGAGGAUGCCUUUGGACACCCUGCCAGCGAGAUGAGGAUAGGGGAGCUCCGUCCGUCCAUGCCCGAGACGCCGCUCUACCCGCCCAAACUCGUCCUGCUGGGUAAAGACAAGAAAGAGUCGACAGAUGAGUCUGAAGCAGAUAAGAUCCAUUGUCUGAAUAACAGCGUUUCCUCAGGCACUUACUCAGACUAUUCCCCUUCCCAGGCUUCCUCAGGGUCCUCCAACGCGCACGUAAAAAUGGGCUCCCUGCAGACCACGGCUAAAGAAGCAGUGAAUAACUCUUUGUGGGGGAACAGGCUGGCCCAGUCGUUCCCACAGCCCCUGGAGACCAAGCCAUUGCUGAGCCAGCGGGAAGCGGCUCCGGCCGGGACCGUCCCGGCGCGCCCGGAGCGGCGCCCGCUGAGCGACGCCUUCGCCGACAGCUGGAACGACGGCUCCCACUACGACAACACGGGAUUCGUGGCCGAGGAGAGCGCGGCAGAGAACGCCGGCACCAACCCCCUGCUCAGCACCAAAUCCAGGAGCUCCUCCGCCCACGGGCGCCGGCCGCUGAUCCGGCAGGACAGGAUCGUGGGCAUCCCCCUGGAGCUGGAGCAGCCCGCGCUCAGAAACACACACGACUCUGAAGUGCCUCCUCCCAACCCUUGGCAAAAUUGGACCAGAACCCCCAGUCCUUUUGAAGACAGGACAGCUUUUCCUUCCAAACUGGAAAGCACCCCCAACACCAGCCCUUUGCCCGAGCGGAAAGAUCACGUCAAGGAGUCUCCCGAAAUGACGAGCACUUUCACUCCAGGAAUCCCGUGGGAAUACCACGACCCCAACGCUAACAGGAGCCUCACAAACGUCUAUUCCCACGUGCACUGUCGCCCGGACCCUUCCAAAAACGUCAUCUCCAUCAGCAAGAGCACGGAGCGGCUCUCCCCCAUGAUGAGGGAUUUAAAAACGAACAAGUUUAAGAAGUCGCAGAGCAUCGACGAGAUCGACAUCGGUGCGUACAAGGUGUACAACAUCCCCCUGGAAAACUAUGCAUCCGGGAACGACACCGUGGGCCCCCACGAGAGGGUGGACAAGCUGCUGGGCCCGGAGCACGGCGUGCUGAGCAUGUCCCGCAGCCAGUCCGUGCCCAUGCUGGACGACGAGCUGCUGACCUACGGCAGCGUCAAGGUGCAGCCGCAGCACAAGGCGUCGGUCACCAAGAAGGUUUAUCAGUUCGACCAAAGCUUCAACCCCCAGGGCGCCGUGGAGCUCCCGGCCGACAAGCGGCUCCUGCCGCCCUUCCAGCUCAACGCCGAGUACCUGCCCCAGCCGGCCAAGAGCCUGCCCCAGGAGCUGGUGAGCCCGCGGGGCUACCGCGGCUACGCGCCCGUGGAGCCCAUGUUCUCCUUCUCGCAGCCCUCGGUGGGCGAGGAGCCGGCGGCCACCCCUUUCACCGGCCCGGCCGCGCGCCCCGGCUUCCUGCGCAGGGCGGAUUCUCUGGUCAGCUCGGCGGAGAUGUCGGUGUUCCGCAGGGUGGGCGAGCCCCAGGAGCUGCCCCCCGGGGCGGACAGGUACGGCCGGGCCCCGUUCCGCGGCGCCCCGGAGCGCCAGGGCAGCAUGGCCGUGCCCGAGGCCCAGUUCCUCAAGCGCAACGGGCGCUACGAAGACGAGCACCCUUCCUACCAGGAAGUGAAAGCCCAGACUGGGAGCUUCCCAGUUAAAAACCUCACGCAAAGGAGGCCCCUGUCGGCACGAAGCUACAGCACAGAGAGCUACGGCACGGCCCAAACGCGGCCGGUCUCAGCGAGGCCCACCAUGGCAGCUCUGCUGGAAAAGAUUCCGUCAGACUAUAACUUGGGUAACUAUGGCGACAAGCCUUCCGAUAGCAGUGAUAUAAAGCCGAGGCCUCCCCCUGGGAAGGGAAAUGAGAGCUGUGCUAAAAUGCCCGCUGACUGGAGACAACAGCUACUUAGACAUAUAGAAGCUAGAAGGUUAGACAGGAGCGCUGCUUACAAACACCACACAGUUAGCCUUGGCAUGCUGCACUCUGGAGGGGUUUCAGCCAUGCAUGCCGGCCGAAGCAUGACUUUAAACUUGCAGCCUAAAUCUAAAUUUGAAAACCAAAUGCUUCAAGAGCUACCUCUACCGAAAACCCCGUCGCAGCAGAGCAGCCUCCUGGACAACGGGCAGGACGAGGUGGCCGUGGGCAGCCCCUGGAACCCCUACCCGCUGGGCCGGCGGGACGUGCCCCCCGACACCGUCACCAAGAAGGCAGGUAGCCACAUCCAGACGCUGAUGGGCUCGCAGAGCCUGCAGCACCGGAGCCGGGAGCAGCAGUACGAGGGCGGCAUGAACAAGGUGACCAUCCAGCAGUACCAGCCCCCGCUGCCCAUCCAGAUCCCGUCCUCGCAGGGCUCCCGGGCCCCCCAGCCCCAGCGGUGCCUCAUCCAGACCAAGGGCCAGCGCAGCACCGACGCCUACCAGGAGCAGUUUUGUGUGAGGAUAGAGAAGAAUCCUGGCCUUGGCUUUAGUAUCAGUGGUGGAAUAAGCGGACAAGGAAAUCCAUUCAAACCUUCUGAUAAGGGUAUCUUUGUUACUAGGGUUCAGCCUGACGGCCCCGCCUCCAGCCUGCUCCAGCCCGGAGACAAAAUCCUGCAGGCCAACGGACACAGCUUUGUACACCUGGAACACGAGAAGGCUGUGCUCCUACUGAAGAGUUUCCAGAACACAGUAGACUUAGUUAUCCAACGUGAGCUUACUGUCUAAAUAUUUUUUUAUAAAUAGUAAAUAUGUCUAGCCAGAUCUAAUGUUCAAAAGGAUUUAUACAUAGGAAACCAAUUUUUUGCCAAUUGCUGGACCAAUGGCAAACGGUAGUGCCAAAUGUAUAAUACUCUAUGUUAGUACCAAUCAUCGGGAGAAAAUAUAAGAAUUAACUCUAUAAAUAUAUUGUUCAUGUGGCUCCGUAUUAGUUUUACUUGUCAGCCUCUGGCUGUGCAUUGGUGCGUUUUUUUAACCAAGUUCCUUCUUAAAAGUCAAUUUCAUAUGAUUUCAAAACACAGAAGCACAUACAAAUCCUUUAGGAAUUCUGCUGUCCAUCAGAAACACUGCCUCAAAGUUGUAUAUGCCUUUAUAAAGAUGAAAUAUAUUAACCUGUACUUCCCAUGAAAUAUUUCUAUCAUGUCGCAUACGAAAGUAUAGAGAAGAAAAUAUUUUCAUAAACACCUCAAAGAAAGUAUAUAUUAAAUUAAAUUUAAUAAUGUUCAUUUAUUUUCAAUGCAAAGAUAUUCUAUGCCUUAUGAAAAUACCUGUACAUAUGCCGUGUGUAUAGCUGGCUCCGUAGGGAUCAGGAACAAUUCACUACACAGGGUGAGAGACUUCUCCAGCUGUAACUCUGGGACCUCGGGACAAGGAGCCCACGUGGGAAUGGGACAGCUCCCUCUGGAAUGGGUGAACAACUCCCUCUGGAGUGGGAUAGCUCCCUCUGGAAUGGGUGAACUCAUUGUGGAAUGGGAUAGCUCCUUCUGGAAUGGGAUAGCUUGUUCUGGAAUGGGAUAAAUCCAUCUGGAAUGGGAUAGCUUGUUCUGGAAUGGGAUAGCUCCUUCUGGAAUGGGUGAACUCAUUGUGGAAUGGGAUAGCUCCUUCUGGAAUGGGAUAGCUCCUUCUGGAAUGGGUGAACAACUCCCUCUGGAAUGGGAUAGCUCCCUCUGGAAUGGGAUAGCUCCCUCUGGAAUAGGUGAAUUCAUUCUGGAAUGGGAUAGCUCCUUCUGAAAUGGGGUAACUCCCUUUGGAAUGGGAUAGCUCCCUCUGGAAUGGGUGAACUCCUUCUGAAAUGGGGUAACUCCCUCUGGAAUGGGAUAUCUCCCUCUGGAAUGGGUGAACUCCUUCUGGAAUGGGGUAACUCCCUUUGGAACGGGGUAACUCCCUGUGGAAUGGGAUAUCUCCCUCUGGAAUGGGUGAACUCCUUCUGGAAUGGGGUAACUCCCUGUGGAAUGGGAUAUCUCUCUCUGGAGUGGGGUAACUCCCUCUGGAAUGGGUGAACUCCCUCUGGAAGGGGGUGACUCCCUUCAGGACAGGUUAACUCCCUUUGCUUUGGCUCUUCCCUCGAUUCCAUGUGCACACACUACAGGAGAACACCGAGGACAGGCAGGUUUGGCUCACGGAUGGAGGAAGGUUGUGAUGGUGGCAGUAAAACUCCUUUUGUUGCUGCUAAUUUAACUCAUUAAUUUUUCAUUUCAGACUCCCCAUUGACAUUGUUGUGUAUUUUCCCCCCUGCUCCAGGCCCUGCUCGGGAUAUUCCCAUGGGUGAGGCUUUCUGGUAUCCUGGGCUGGGUCCUGGGAAGGGAUGGGCACAGACACAUCCCAGGAGCUGCAGGUGACCCCAGACCAGCCCAGCAGGAGCAUUCCCAGCACAGGGCCAGGGACAGCCCCUCGUGUCCAGGUCCUGGGGCUGUUCCCAAAGCCCAGACCGUGCCCAGCUGCUGCUGCUCAGGGGUGCCAGGGUCCAGCCUGGUUAUCCCUGACAGCAAAGUGGGAAAACACAGGGAAAGCCCUGCAGGGGAUUUCAGGGGAUCCCAGUGCCCUGGAGCAAUGGCCAGGGGCUGAGGGACAGCUGGCUCUGGGAUCACCUGCACCAUUCCCACCCAAAAUCCCACAGCCCAGGGUGCAGCCACAGCCCACGGGGAUGCUCCCCUUCUCCAAGGAUUCCCAAACCUUCUCUCUCUGGCUGUGGGACCUGGGCAGCUGCAGGCCCAGGGAAGCCCCCACCCCUGAUAAUUUGCCAUUUUCCCAGUGCCAGCUCACAGUCCCUACCCAGGUGAUGGCAAACCAGGGAAGUUCUCAGCCAGUUGUUCCCGACAGUGACCAUUUAACAUCCUCAAAUCCGGUUUCAUGUUUUCCAAGGUAUUUUUUAACACAUCCACGUCUGCAUCUGUGUUUGGUGGCAGUGCCAGCCCUGGGAGGGGACAGGGGGCUCCACACAGGGAACAGGCAGGACAAGGCUGAGGGUGAUGGGGCAGCUGAGAGCAGAGCCAAGGAAAUCCAGGAAAAAUCUGAGUAGGAAAUGUCCAGGACGUUGGUUUGCUGUUGGUAGUGAGCACUUGGAGUGUAAAGAUGUUAAACCCCUUGGUUAAAGCCCUUUCCAGGGCCUGAAGGGGCUCCAGGAGAGCUGGGGAGGGACUUGAGACAAGGCAUGGAGGGGCAGGACACAGGGAAUGGCUGCCAGAGGGCAGGGAUGGAUGGGAGAUUGGGAAUUGGGAAUUGUUCCUGGCAGGGUGGGCAGGGGCUGGAAUAGAAUUCCCAGAGCAGCUGUGGCUGCCCCUGGAUCCCUGGCAGUGCCCAAGGCCAGGCUGGACACUGAGGCUGGAGCACCUGGGACAGUGGGAGGAGUCCCUGCCAUGGCAGGGGUGGCACUGGGUGGCUCUGAGGUCCCUUCCCCUCCAGCCCAUCCUGGGAUACUGGGACCCCUUUGGGAUGCUGGGACCCCUUUCGGGAUGCUGGGACCCCUUUGGGAUGCUGGGGCCCUUUUGGGAUGCUGGGACCCCUUUGGGAUGCUGGGACCCCUUUGGGAUGCUGGGACCCCUCUCUGCUGGAGUUCAGCACCGAUUACCUGGUGCAAUCAGAGGUGCCUCUGCACAGAGCUCUGGGGGGAUGCAAGGACAGGGAAUGCAAACCCAGGGCAAUGAACCCCCACAAUGGGAUCAGCUGAGGGCAGGGCUCGGGGGAGGCCCCGCUCCCAGGGGAUCAGGGUGUUUAUCCUGUUUGUUCCCAGGAGCUGCCCUGGAUGAGGGAUGUCCUGCUGGGCCCCCUGGCCAGGCAGAGCCUGUCCCACAGCAGCAGGGCCGGGGACAGGUGCCCAGAUGGCUCAGGGGGUGACAGAGCUGCGGGCUCAGCACCCACCCUGGCAGGGUUUGCCCAUAGACAAACGCAGCAAGUCCCACCUCAGCUCGAGGAAGAAUUUCUUUCCCUGGGGUGGCAGGGCCCUGAGCAGGGUCUGGGGUUUCCCUCUGGGGACACCCCAACCCCACCCCGUCCCCGUGCCCCCUGCCCCAGGCUGGGCUGGAUGGUGCCCAGAGGUCCCUGCUGUGAUUCUGUGAACUGGUGGCACGUCACAGUUAGAACUCCCAAAGGAAACUGGGGAUGCUGUGCCAGCGGGAGCUCCCUGCCCGUGCCCGUCCCUCGCCAUCCCUCUGCAAGUGCCCGGCUCCAGGCUGUCCCUGGCAGGCAGGGCAGGCCCCCGUGCCCACACAGCUUCCCGGGCAGCAGCUUGGGCAGGACACGGACCCAGGGACCCACGGGGAGCUGGCCUGGCCCUGGAGCCACGGGUGGGCACAGCUGUGGUGCCGCUGGGGCCAGGCCUGCAGGGCACCACCACCCAACCCCAAAUGGCACCGUUUGCAAAUCGCAGAAUUUCAAACCAAAAAAGAAAAUGAAACCCCAAAAAAAGCUUUUUGCCAAUCCUCUCCCUGGCUGAUUCCAGCUGAUCUAGUGGAAGUGACUGACUGGCACCGGUCCGGGCACUCCUGGCACUGCCCUGUGUCCCUUGGGUGGCGGUGGCUGUGUCCCUCCUCCUCCUCCUCCUCCUCCCCGGGCAGGGCACUCUCAUCACUUCGGUUUUCUACCUGUGAGUACUGUAUCCAGUUCAGAACCAACAGCUUCCUUUAGUAAAGAUUUUACCAUUUUAUAAAAGACAUGUUUAAUUAUGAUGGAGAUGGCUGUAUUGUAAUUAAUAUUUUGAGAUAAUUGUGAUUUUGAGCUUAAAUUAUAUACAGAAAUGGUCAUUUUUGUAUGUGUUCAAAGAUUGCUAUAUUCCAGAUGACUGUACUUUUCAGUUGAAUUCCAGUAUCCAUGUAAAUAAAGCUGAAUGAGGAAAUAUUUACUACUUUA